AAAGGCAGGUUCCCACCGGGAUAACCGGAAGGGAAAGCGAGGGGGUCCAGACCGGCGCAAUCAUCCCUCUUCUGGCAACCGAACCAGCAAGAAAUAUGGCAAGUACCAUAGUGGCGAGUGCUUAGCCGACCAGCGAGCCUGUUUCAACUGCAACCGUCCAGGCCAUUAUGCCAGUGUCUGUCCUGAACCCAAGAGGCAGCA